UGAACCUCUUAACUUGUCCGUCGCUGAAAUGAAUAUUCUACAAACAUCGGCAAACACAUCGCGGCGCGUCGAACGAAUUCGGAAGACUGCAGCUGACUAAUGACAAAAAAGGAUAGAGCGGAGCGCGAACGAAAAUCUCCCCACCACCCCCUUCUGAACCAAAAACGGCACUAUAGCCUGCUGCUUUUGUAGCGCUUGGACGGCGCGCGGCGACGAGCACUACACCGCACCCCGCGCACCAUCGUCGGGUCAACCGUAGAACGUUCGUAGUUUCGUCCGGCGACGCACACAGCAGUACAGCACUAAGUUACGAGCCCACAGUUAACGCUGUUCAGUGUUCACAGUCCUUCUUCUGUUGUUCGAGUGUACGCCGUUCGUUCGUUUUGUGCCGGACCGUCGUUCCGUCGCCGCCUUGCAACGCUCGGUGCAUGUAUCUGGGCUGCGCACAACUGCCGAGCCUCUCACCGUUCGGCGUUCGUGCUUUUUUUUUUCGAACAAACCACUCGGUUUUGUCUCGUCCGCUUCAACUCGGUUAGACCACGCGGGUUGUCGUCGAUUACCAUGUGAAUUUUAUAUGACCGUUGGCGCGUUUUCCUCCGGUCCCGACGAGUUACCACGUGCCAAUAUUAUUAUGGUACGCGUACCACCGUCGUACCGCCCGAACCAGAUUUUUCGGCGAUUCACUUGACGCCGCCGCAACUGUUUAUCCCCCCCCACCACUUCUUUCUAUAAUAUCCGCCAUCUUUGUUUUUUGUUCCGUCAGUUUAUACUUCAUUUGCUACCGGACCGUGGUUGGGCGAGUACGUCUCCUGCAUUUCGGUAAAAUAUCGACCACGUGUUUUUCGAAGCCAUGGGAGACGCCGACGACCCACCCCGUGAUUCAAACCAACCAUCUCCAAACGAUGUGCUCGUGGCUCCCGAAGAAGACCAACAUUACUACGGUAAACUGUUGACGCACCUCCAGACGUUCUUGCCGUUUCUCACGGAAGUCAUCAACAACAGCGAACUUUUAGACAUUCUACCCGACCGUGUGUCCAAGUUGCGGUAUUUGUACGAACUGGUGGACGCCAAAAGGUUGUCACCAGACCGACUAAAAACUUGUAAAAAAGUAUUUUAUGAUUUAUACGAUAACUACAGUAAUCCGUUAAACUACUAUUUACCUCCAGAUUUUAAAACUAGUUGGAUGCAAGAAAUAAAGUUAAAUGACGAAGAAAAUAAUGUAUCCUCUGAAGUAAGAUGUACAUCUAACAAAAGUAAUCAAAACGAAAAUAGCGAGUCUGAACUUUCCAAUAAAAUACCAGUACCAAGUACUAGUUAUGAAAAGAUAGUUAAAAAUCAAAUGGAUUGUUUAGAAGAUUUGCCACCAAAUAAUGAGAAUAUUAUUAAUAAAAACUUUGGAAAUGUUGAAAUUGGCGAGUCAUCUUGUAUCAAAAAUUCAAUCAAUGAUUCUUUGCUUGCAAAGAGUGAUCUACCAGAGUUCUCAGACAGUCGUAUAAGGCUUAAUAAGAUAAUUGGUUUUGCAACCAAUGCUUCUAUUGCAAAACUUCUUAAGUCUGAUGCAUCUAUACCGCAUACUGAACUUACUACACAAAUUUUUGACGAAAUGAUCAAACAAAAAAAUGGCCAAGUUAUUUAUAAAGAUAUGUUAAAAGGUAUCAACAUGGAUGAUAUUGAUGUUAACUAUGUAAAAAAUGUAAUAGACGGUAUAAAAAGAGCUAGUUGUGUGGAACCUGUUCAGCCACCACCAUUACCUCCAUCAGAUCUUAUGGAUUUGGGAGCAUCAAGAAUAAAUUUAAUAUCAAACACUGCACCAAAUUCUAGUGAAGUAACUCGUGAUAAUGUUUUAUUAAGUAAAUCUUCGACCAAUAUUCAUGUACAAUUGAACACUGAAAUAAAUAAAUUGCAUAAGACUGGUCCAUCAAAUGAAACUAAACCAAAGUUUAUAUCUGCGUUAAAACCAGGUACAUUAAUUGAUCUUGAAAGUUCAAAAGUAGUUCGUGCUUCAUUGCAUAUAGAGUCUCUUAGACCCGUUAUCAAAUCAAAUGAGAAAAGUACUGAAGUUAAAACAUCUCUCAUUGACAUAAGUGUCCCUCGUGAUCCAAGAAUAAGGCAUAAAACUUUAUUAACUUCUGGAAAGAAUGUUAAUCCAUUUAAUACACCUGUAUCAUUAAUAUCAAAUGCGCAAUAUACUUAUUCAACUAAUAGUCAAACUCCUUUUGCUCCAAAUAGAGACAAUUCAAAUGCCAAAUUGUUUGAUACUAGAGCACAGGAAAUGUAUAAUGGCCAAAGUUCAUCAAGUCAUACAAAUAUUCCAAUGUUAAAUCCACCAUUUUCUUCAGAACAUAAUGGAAAUCCAAUUCAAUUGAAAAACAGGCCAUUGUCUGUAAACCAAAACGAACAUAAUCGUAGUGAUGAUAAAAAAAAUGAUUAUAGUCAAUUCAGUAAUUCUACCCAAAUGCAUCCAUCCCAUAUUGAGCCAUUAACCAAGUAUUGUGAUCCAGUGCCAUACAAAUCUCACUGUAAUGAUGCAUCCAAGAGAGAUCCAAGACCAUUGAAAAGUGUUAAGGCAACUGUUUAUCAUAAUUACAAAGAACAUAGAGAAGCCAAGUUCAGAGAACAAAUGAAAAGUUAUGCAAAAAAUAAAAACCAAAUGAACCAGGACCAUGAUCUAUAUCGUAGCUCAGUCAAUGAGAAAAUUGAAAAAAGUAACAUCAUUGAUUCUUCUUAUAAUACUUUUGGACCUGUAAAUGAAACAGCCAAUAUUAAAAAAUUUAAGAUACCCAAAAUUAAACAUAAUGAAGAAUUUAAUGAUAACAGUUCAGAAAGGAACUCUAAACUUAAAACAUUUGGGGAUAAUAAAAAUGAUGCAGAUGUCUUAACAACUGAGAAAAAAUCCAAAAUACACUUGAAAGCUGAUACAAUUAGAGAACAAUAUUUGAUAAAUGGUCAAAAAUCUGAAACCAAUAAAAGUAAAAAUUCAAAAAAAGACCUCAAAAUAACUGAUGAAAUUAUUGAUAGUCGUAUGGAUAAAACCUCAGAAAUUGAAAUAACUAAAAAUAGUAGUACAGGUGGAGAUCUAAGAAUUAAACCAAUGAUUAUGAACAAUAAAUCAGAAAAAGAUAGUUGUCCAGAAAAUAAUCUUGAAGAAAUUACUGUUGACAUUCCAAAUAAGGCUAAUAAGGAAGAACUUGAUUCUAAAUCUGAACAAAAUAACAUUUUAAUAAACCCUACAAACCAGAGUAAGCCUAAGAAACUUAAAAAGUAUUCCAAGGAAAAAGAAUUUGAAAAAAUUAUUAAAGAAGCUGCAGAGAGUUUAAAUGAUGAUGUAUGGGGUCCAAGAACAAGAACAAGGAGUUCUGUGAUGAAAAAAGAAGGAAUCCUAAAAACUAUAAAAGUAAACCACUCAAAGCCAAAAUUUGAAAAAGACAAUACAACAAAAAAUUAUAAGAAAUUAGAAUCUGGUGAAUGUAGUAAGAACCUUGAUAAUGUAUCAAUUCCGAACUUGGAAGAUGUUAGUGGACGGACUGAAAUCGGACAUAACAUUAUAUCAUCUACAUCGAAGGAACAAUCAGGAGUUGUUAAUUCUACAACAACCGAAAUUGUGUGUAAAAGUCAAGAAAAAAAUAUUGUUUCUUCUAAUGAAAUUAAUUCUACAGCUGAUAAUAGCCCUAAAAUUGACGAGAAAGCUUUAAUUGACAUUUUGAAAAAUCCAAAGUUUAUGACUGUGAUAAGUAUACUUCAAGAUGAAGAUAAAAUGGAAAAACUAAACAAAUUGUUAGAAAGUUCAGAUAUCAAUACCAAUGAUGAUAAAUUAAAAAAAAAAGGUAUAUCAAGUAAAGAACAAAUUGAAAUUGAUGAAAAAAAAAAGAUUAGAAGAAAAAUGAAAAAAGAAAAAAAGAAACGGAGAAAAAUGAAUAAAAGUGUUAGUGAAGAAUCUUCUAUUGAAGAAAGUAAAAAUGAAUUUUUAAAUGACAUAUCCGAUAAUAAUUUUAAUCAAGCAGAAGACAUAGUAAAAACUAAAAGGAAAACUAGCCAUUUAAAUGAAUUAUAUGAAGGAAAUACUAGUUCUGGAAAUAUUAACGGCCAUUUGUCAACUGAUCAACAUAAACUAAAAUCUAUCAAACGUAAAAAAUCUAAAGUAAGCUAUGGCAAUUUUGAAAUACUUAAAGAUAAAUGCAAACCAGAAUUAAAAGACUUAAAAAUUGUUAUUGCUAAAUUUGAUAAAAAUAUUAAGAGAAGUAAUGACUAUAAUUCAGAUAUUUCAAGUACAAGCAAUGAUAUACAAAUCAAUAAUAAACCAAAAAAUGUUGAAAGAGCUGAAGAAAUAAAAUCUAAGAAACCUUUUUUAGGUCCAUUAAGUGUUAAAUUAGCAAGACAAAAAAUGGAAAUGGAAAAGAAUAAUUCUCAAAGUGAAUGUGACAUUAAAAAUCCGUUUGAAUUUGAAACUAAAAAAGUUAAAAAAGGAUCAAAAUCCAUUGAUAGAUUUAAUAAGAAACGAAAAUUAAAUUCUGAAACCUUAAAUAGUUUAAUGACAGAACAACCCAUUGUUUUGAUACGACCUCUUCAAAACCCUAAGCCAUUUGAUGAUGAAACCGACUCCGACAAAUCAGUUGAACAGAAUUCUAAUACAUCAACUUUUAUUGUCAAAAAACCAGAAAUAAAAAAGGCCAGACCGUCAGAAUUAGAUAAACUUCAUGCUGAUAUUAGUGAAAUGUAUGAUUGUGAAGCUGUAUUAAACGCUUCAAAUAUACGACAAUGUAGAACCAAUAAACAAAUCGACUAUGUAAAUACAAAUGUAGUUAUGUCAAAGAAAAAGAAAAUGUCAAAUAUUGAACCAUUGGAUUCAAAUGAUGAUCAAAACGAGUUUGACCUUAAUGUAGAAAUAACAAAUAACACAAAAAAGAAAAUUAAAAAAUCAACAAUUAAAUUAAAUACAAAGAAAAAAAUUGUUAAAAAGUCAAUGGCAAACAAAACUUUACCACCAGUAGUAGUGAAAACUGCAGUUUUAAAUAAAAUAUCCAACAAACAACAGGAUAAAUUAAAAAAAACAAAAAAGAGAAACAAGAAAUUUAUGAAGUCUAAUCGUAAGCAAUUAAAGGUGGUAUUGUCAGAUGAUUUUGAAUUGAAUAAUGUGUUGAAAAAUAAUAUAUCUACUGAAAUAACAUCUAAAAUCAUCACAGAAAACAAAUUUAAGGACAAAUUUUAUUUUCAAACAGCUGAUAAUUCUUUGGAAUGUAAAUUUUGUAAUUACAAGGCUAAAGGAUUGAAUAUUGUUCGCCAUUAUAAAGAUCAACAUUGCGAGGAAGAAGUUUUGCCAUCCAGAUUAUCCAAGAAUUGUACUGAAUCAUUAAUACAUCAAUCUUUAAAAGAAAAUUUUGGAUAUCCAAAUUCCCAAGAUUCAAUACCAAUUUUUCAUCAGUCUGUGAAUGUUAACUAUACCUGUGUUUUUUGUCAAGUUAUUUUCCAUGAUUAUUUUAAGUUCUAUGAUCAUAUUACUGGUCAUACUGGAGAAUACAGGUACAAAUGUAAAAUGUGUGAACAAAUUUAUUCAAAUGAAGAUGAUUUGGAUAAACAUAUUUUAGAACACACCGACUAUGAUAAAACUGGUGGAAUCUCACAUUUAAAAUUUCCAAAUCCAAUCCGUGGUAAAUACAUUUUUGGAUAUUUAUGUUCCUUUUGUUAUUAUAUUCAACUUGAUUAUAAUAACAUAGUCAAACAUAUGGCAUCACAACAUUUUGAUGAAGAUAAAAAAUUGAAUGGCCAUUGGACAGCUAUACGUAUUAGUAUGUCUGUAGCAGAUAAAAUAUACACAGAUUCUUCAAUUGAUUUUGAUAAUUUGGUAGGAUGUUUACCUCCUAUUCAGUCUGAUGAAGUUAUUUCUAAAAAUAAAGAUAAUGAAGACCAAAAUCAACAAUUAACUGUGAUGGAUUUAAACAUACUAUCAAACGAGAAAAAACAACCAAAUUCCUUUUUAUCUAUUAAAAAAGAAUCCAAUGAACAAAAUAUUGACGAAAUUCAACAAGAGUCAAAUAUUGAUGGAUAUUUUCCUAAGUCAAAUAUUGUUGAAAAUCUGCCAAAAUCAGUUACUCAUGCAAAUCCUCCAAUAACAGUUUAUGACAAAGUUCUAGAGUCAACUAAACUUCAAUUUUUACCAGAACAAGCUAAUCAGUCUCCUAAAGAAGGAACAAGAAUCACCACAGAACCGCUUGCAAUGGAAUAUUCUGAAUACACAUUAAAAGAAAAUUCUAAAAAAUGUGUCAUUGCUGGCUUCAGUUGUGAAUUGAUAAAUUCAAUGUUAUUGUUUAAAUGCUCAGUAUCAAAUUGCCGAGAAAAUCAAUUUUCUACUGUAGUUUUGAUUGAUUUUUCCAAGCAUAUAAAUAAGAAUCAUCAAUUUGUAGUAUGGGAUGGAUAUUGCGAAGCAUGUAAUCACAAACAACCGAUAGUUUCUGAACACUAUUAUGUAAGAAACGCUUUAGAACAUUUAGUUACUCAUCAUUUGGUUCUAAAGAAUAUUGAACAAGAUUCCAAUACUUCAGCAAAUCUUGGAGAUUCAAAUGUUGAAUGUUUAUCUUCUUGUCAGGACACAGUAGAAAAUACACCAUUUGUAGAAAACUUUUUGAAAGUUCGUUGUUUGCCUGGUGAUAAAUUAUCCAUUCAUAAACCUAGCAGUUCAAGUAUUACCAAUACUUGUGAGAUGUCUGUUAAUGAAUCACGUGAUGAUACAAAUUCCAAUUGCAAAAAUGAUUUCAUAGAAAACAAUAUGUUUGGAAACCCUGAACAAUCUAGCCAUAAAAUAUUACUCGGUACCCAAUGUCAAACAUCAGUGAAUCCAAACAUUAAUCAUGGUUCUAAUGAUGAAAGGUUUCCAUCACAGAUUACUGAUGUUAAGAGUUUAAAAAAGGGAAAAGUGAACUCUUCUAAAAUAAACUCAAGUGCAUCUGAUAACAGUGAUCUUAAUAUGUGGAUGAAAGCAAAAACAAAUUGUGAAGUUAUUCUUCCUAAUUCCGAAAUAUUUCUUGAAGAAGGUCAACAAAUUGUUAAUAAUGGUGUGCCUGUAGAUGGUACAAUUUGUUGUUUAAUAGACACAGCAUAUACAAAAGAUUAUAUUAGAAAAGUACGAGAAUUGCCGAUGAAUGUAAUGAAAACAAGAUUAGCUUUUAAUGAAAUGUCUGCUUUGCCAAGACUAUUGGGUCUUUUUAAAUGUAUGGACAGAACCUGCACAAAAAUUUUUAGCUCUAAAGAUUUAUUUAAAUUACAUAUGAAAUUACAUUUUUCAAAUGCAGAAAAAAAAAAAAAAAACCAAAUUUAUAAUGUUGAACAGUUUAAAAUGUGUGCCUAUUGCUUUAAAGUGUUUGAUGAUGAAGAAUCUUUGGCUAACCACAUUUCUGAAAAAUACACAUUUUGUGAAUACUUUUGCCCUCAUUGUUUUUAUCGUGCUUAUACAGCCUCUCAUGUUUUGGUUCAUCAGUCUGUAAUUCAUACCAAUAUAUCCAAACAUUGUAUAAUAAAACUUGAAUACGAUGAUGGUGCUUGCAAAUAUCCAAAGGAAAUGUUAUUUGUGGUAGACUUCAAGGAGUUUGUAUUACCUUACAAAUGCAACGUUGGUUGCUGUAGUUUUUCUUGUUAUCUGCAAAACGAAUUCAUAGAGCAUUUGAAUCAAGAACAUCAACAGUGUGAUAAAUUCUGUUGUUACAUUUGUGCUAAUAAAGAUGACGGUGAAGGAUUUUUUGCACUCCAACCAAAUUUAAUGAUUACACAUUUUAAGCUUCAUAACUUAAAUAAAUAUCAAUGUAUUUUUUGUUUAUUUGGUACUGAAAUUAUUGAUUCAAUGAUAAAGCAUUUAGCAUUAGAACAUUUUGAAUAUGAGCCUUUAUGCUUGGAGCGUUCUACGGUAUCUGAUAAUUGUGAAUCUAAAAAUAUUAGAAAUCUGAAAAUUUUAAAAUUGACAAAGGUCAUUGAUAAUGGGAUGGUAGAGAUAGUAAAUUUACCCGUGGAAGCAAUCUCUGUACCUGAAGUUUUGCCACAGCGAUCUAAAAAAAGAUCUAUUGAGUGUCCUGAUGUCCUAUCAGUAGCUAUGAAAUCUGCUCGCAUUGAUGAAGGAUCUCAAGCAUCAGAUACAAUUGUUAUUACAGUUCCCGAUAGUGCACAAAUGGCAGAAAGUAGUACAUCAAUGUCGUUAGCUAUUGAUAAUGAAUUUAUAAUGAUUGAUGAUGUGAACCAAAAUGAUAUGCAAGAAACAUUGAAAAUAAAUUGCAUUUGGUCUGAAUCUAAUAACAAAGAAAAAGAGCCUAAAGUGUCAUCAAAUGAUGAUAUUAUUGUUAUUGAUGAUGAAGACGAUGUUGAUUUGUCAGAGAAAGAAGAACUUAAUGAGGGUCCUUCAAAACAAAUAUGUUUAGAGAUUGAAGAAUCAAUUAAUGGAUCAAAUAAGGCCAAAAGAUUGGCAUUUCCAAUUAUUGAAUUGGAUAAAUUGUUUGUUUGUAAAGAAUGUGAAAAAGAUUUCUCAAAUGGUCAAAUGUAUUUUGAACACCUAAACGUUUGUCCUUUUUGGGAUUAUGCGGCUGGAAAGAAAUGUAUGCAUUGUGUUAAAGUAUUCAAAACUAUAUUAAACAUGACUGAACACGUCAAACUUCAUGGACCUGAUCGUUUCAAAUGUUCUUUAUGCAAUUUAAAAGUACCAUCUAAACGAGCCAUUACACAUCAUAUGAGAAAUAGUCAUAAAAUCAUAAAUUUAGAUUUUGUACCUGAAAUUCCUAAUCAAACCAAUUUGAAUAAAGAUGAUUUUAUUGUAUUUGAUGAUAAGACAAUUGAGCAGAAGAAACAAAAGAUGAAUAGCUUAUUAACUUGUAACAAGUGUUCAUUUAAGGGGAACACUCGUAAAAAUAUUAUUUCUCAUAUGAAGGCUGUUCAUAAUGCUGAGCAAAAUGUAGAUUGUGAAGAUAAUUUAUAUAAAAUAACGCCAGAACAACCUAAUGAUACAAGUAACUCAGUAAAUUCUUUAAUGCCUCAACAGAAUGAACAACAAAAUGCAAGCUUGAAAAGAAAGCGUUCCACUAAUUUUGGCAACCAGAAAGGAUCACCAAAAGCUAAACCCACUAUAAAAAACCAAUCAAAAACCAUGUUUUUUUCUCCUGAUACUAUUGACAGUAUUCCAAAGUCUCAUAUAUUCUCAGAUCCGAUUAGGUGUUUAUUAUGUACAUACAGUACAAAAGUGCGGUCCAAUCUUGUUAUACAUUUGAAUGGACAUACAAAAGGACAAGAUAAUACUACUAAGGAAAUUGUUAAUCCUGUACCUUCUAUUGGCAAGUGUGAACUUAUGUUUGAUAAGAUGAUCAAUCUCUCUGCUAGUGCAUUUGAUGCUAUGAAUACUGAAAAGAUUAAAAGAGAUGAACUUGAUAAGAAAAUUGUUGAAGUAGCUCCAGAUGAUAGUUUAAAUAGAGAAAUAUUUCCUCAGUUCAUUCCAAAGAAUAUGCGAUAUAAAUGUUCAGUAUCUCGUUGUACUUAUACAGGUAUUACAGAGGAUAUGCUAAAGAAACAUAUAUCAAUCCUUCAUCCUACCCAUGAGUGCUACAUAUGUCCACAUUGUGUACCCCCAUGCAUUAUAUCUAAAUUUGUCGAACGGAAUCAAAUAGAAUUUCAUUUAAUGCACCAUGGUGAAAAUUUAUAUCGUUGUCAAUACUGUGAGUAUAUUGACUUCAAUCGAAUUGAAAUGAGAACACACAUGAGAAAUACCCAUCUAUCAGAAAUAACUAGUUCAGUACGAUCCAAUAUAAUUGUAAUCAGACAAACAAUGUUAGAAGAUGAUAGUAUUGACAGAGGUAGAAGCAAAGCUCCAUCUAAUUUGCCUCAAUGGGUAUGCAAUAUAUGCUCUAAUGGUUUAAGAUAUACAGAAAAUGAGAUAACAUCACAUAUUCUUAUGGCACAUAAAGUAUCAAAUAUGUUUAAAUGUCCUAUGUGUCAAUUUGAACACGAGAAUGAUGAUGCUAAUAUAUUUGAAGAACAUUAUAAGUUGCAACAUCCGUCGGUUGCAGUAAAGUGCUUGAGAGUGUUUGAAAAGGUUUCUGAUAAAGAAGAGUUGCUCAAACAAUCCAAACAUUUAGGUGGUACGGAAAACAUGCUAGAACAGCAAGCUUUAGAAAGUAUUGAACCUACACUCGUGCCUCCUACUUGUCGAGGAAUUCCUAUUGAAUCAACACCAUUGAAAACUUCCAGUAAAUCUCGUGGUAUGGCAAAGAGUCCAAAAUCGGCAAAUAAAAGCUCUCCGAUUCAACCUCAUAAACAGAAAACAUUAAUAGACGUUUUCAAUAAGAAUGAUAAGUUAGGAGCAAUAUCUUCAAAUGGUUACUUUGUUUGUCCUAAGUGCUGUGUAUUUGAAACUAUGAAUAUAGAACUUUUCCGUGAGCACUUAUACAAAGAGGUCAAUUAUAAAACAUGGAAAUGCUUGAUAUGUUUUGAAAUAUCUGAUUCUCCUAAGAAAAUGGCAUGGCAUGUUAAAAAACAUGGAAUUGGAAGCAAGUAUGAAAAAAUUGAAGAUGGCGAGAAAUUAAAAUGGGUUGAUCGAGUUAUUGGACAUCAACAUAUGUCAUUGACUGAGUUCAAUAAAAACAGUAAAGCAAAACAUGUAAAAAGUGUUGAGUCAAGUAAAGCUGUUAUUGUUAAUAGUAAAAGGACGUCUUAUUCUCCAACUAAGAAAAAAAAUAUUGAACGUGAGAAAAAAGCAUUUGUCUCUCAACCUACCCCUGAUCCUGUAUCAAAUGAUGAUAUCAUUAAUCUGGUAGAUGACUCCGAUGACGAAUAAUUUGGUACAACUUUAGCUUAGAAUAUUUGACUUAUUUUGCAGAAUGCUAAUUUUUUAAGUUUUUUAUGUAUAUAAUCUUAAAAUAUCUUUUAAAAUACUAAAACUUAGGUUAAAUAAUAUGAUUUUGAAUUGGGGUUUUUUUACAGGCAAUAAAUAAUUGUUAUGUAUCUAAGACUGACAAAUUGGCUGUUUAUUAUUUGAAUAAAAACAUUACUAUCAUUCCGAUAUGGUAGGAGAUUAUGUUAGAAAUGAUAUUAUCAUUUAAAUAUUAAUGUUAUAUGUUUAUAUCUCAACAUUAUAAUAUGAUGUAUAAAUAUUUUUAUGGAAGACUGUUACAUUUAUAAUUUUUGAUUACUAUACCCAUGUAUUUAUUAUAUGAAAGGAUUUAUUAAUUUAUUUUGUAGUAUUAAAUAAAAAUAAUUAUUA